UGCCUAUGAGUCUAUAUUUCCCUGUGGACAUCGUGCACUUGUGUUUGCUCCUCACGCAAUUUCCCUACCUCAUCCCCUUCGGCCACCGGGAAGAAUGAAUGAGGGACGUGACAGUAGAAAGCCUGUGUUGAGAAGAAACUUUCAAGUAUAAGGGUCGUUUAAGCGUUCAAGGAAACCGGAAUUCGUCUCUUGCAAACAUAAUUUGCCAUAUUCAAAUUCUUCUCUAAACUGCGCGAAUUUAGCUUUUUCCAGGAAUGAUGCCAAUUGAGACCCCUCGCAUAUUUUACGCCAAAAUCACCACCGAGGUCCUGAACGUCUUUUCGACAAGAUAGGGAACACAUCAAAAUUAAAUUAGGGCGACCAGCAUGAGAGCGACAACCGCUGACCAAUGUCUGGGAUCGCAGCCUCGGCUGGCCAUAUUUUUCCUUUGAAGUACCGGUGUCAGAACAACGCGAGAAAAAAGCUUCAACUUUAGGGGUAUUUGUUUUUCUUUUCCGUUAAAAGUAAAGCAUUGAGAAAGCAUUGAGCAAUUAAAGAAGCAUUAAAGCAUUAAGAAGCAUUGAGAAGCAUGACAGAAAUAUUUUCAAAUACUUAAUUGAUUGAAACCCCCCGGCAUUUCUCUACAAUUGUGCAACAAUGAGUCCCACUUCAAAUUUGUCAAGCCUUGGUUAACUCAAUAUCCACACAACUUAAAAAACCUCAUCGGAAAUUGAAAACACUUGGAAUCGACUAAAAUUACGUUGAAUAUCGGCCUUGUUUCCGCCUCGCCGUCGUUGUUUGGACGAGCUGCGAGGGUAAAUUAAGCUAUUCACAUUAGUAAGUGAAUGUUUAUGUCGCCUGCUACAUUCCUUGGCGUCAUUUUGUAUUAAAACAUUUUUUGGUGUGGCCAAUCGUCUCAAUGGCAUAUUUCUAAAAUGGGCGGGAAACUAUUGUUUCACAGACAAACAAUCUCGGAAAUGAAUCUCACAAAUAUAGCAGCGAAACACAAAGGAAGGAUAUUAAAAUGCGAGUGCCAUACUGUAAUUUAUUCAAUACUGUUUUCAUGCUUCUGCACAAAAGAUCACAUCUGGAUCAUUUUUAGAAUUUCUCUGUAAAAGCCGCCUUACUCGAGUUUUGAGCGUAUCUUGAGAAGUGAAAGAAAACUCGUCUAAAUCAAAGAAUCACUUGGACGUGUGUCCUCUUUUCCCGGUCAAAUGUCCUAACAUGUGUGGCAAGAUGGAGGUUCCUCGAGAAAAGCUCACGGAUCACAUUAUGGAAGAGUGCCCGAACACAUGUGAACAUUGUGUUUAUCAAGACAUUGGAUGCGCUUUUCAGGGUCCUAAAACUAACAUGACGAAGCAUCUGCAGGAGAACUCGGAGGAACAUUUACAGCUGGCACUGGAGGUGAUCAAAGAGCAACGGACCGAGAUGGGAAUACAGCGAGGCCGCUUGAGAAAACAGGAGGGCAACAUAACUCAGCUUAUGGAAAGUGUCACCAAGUUGACGGCACUGUGCGAGGAAACACUCAAAAGUAACGCGGAACAGGAGAAAACCAUCAAUCGCUUGUCUGAACAGCUGAAAGAACAGAAGAAACAUCAAUCAAAACACGAGAAGGAACUGAGGCAAAGAAUUGUCGAGCUGGAGAAACGAGGACCAGAAAUGCCCCAAAACGGUCUCGUUCGUUACCCGGGGCUGAAUGGUUACGGAGAACUUGUCUGGCGAAUUUCUAGCUUUUCCCGAAGAUUGCAGCGUGUUCAAUCGGGUCGGGCCGACGACCCAAUGACCAGUGAACCGUUCUACACCUCGGCAUUCGGCUACAAGAUCGUAGUCUGGGCUUACCUAAAUGGGAGAGGCAAAGAAACUGGGACCUGCUUGUCAUUAUACGCAUGUGUCAUGUCUGGGGAGUAUGACGCAGUUCUUCAAUGGCCAAUCAAACCACGCUACACGUUCAGCUUGCUGGAUCAAAACCCGGACUCUGAAGCGAGGAAGGAUUUAACGCGCAUGCGCAAAGUUCACGACUUUAAACGCGAUGACGUCAGAAGGAAGGGAAUCGACAGGCCCGGUCGAGAUGAGAGAGCCAUCAUUGUUGGAUUUGAUGAUUUUAUUAAACAUGAAGAACUUGAAGCUGGUAACUUUCUUGCCGAAGACUCUCUAUUCAUCCGAAUUCUUGUAGACAUGCCUGAAUCAUAGAAAUGAAUUCUUCACUUGUCUCGGGAUGCAUAUUUUCCAUUUAGAGCCACGUCUGGCAUCCAACUUAAUACAAUUGAGGCACCGUCCCCAACACGCCGGAGGAAUUUGAAAACGAAGGUUUCACUCUGAAAACGCAUCAAAUGUUUUCCGUCCACACUACGU